AUGGCCGACAGCAGCAGCAGCAGCAGCAGCAGCAGCAGCAGCAGCAGCAGCAGCAGCUGGACCCACAGCAUAGUUGCUGCUGGGGCCCACGGGGGCCCCGCCAGCGCUGUGGCCACGUGGGGUGCAGCGCAGCUGACGGCUGUGGGCGGCGGCGACGGCCGCAUAACUUUGUGGGAAACAGCAGCAGCAGCAGCAGCAGCAGAAGCAGCAGCAGCAGCAGCAGCAGCAGCAGCAGCGGGAGCGGGAGCAGGGGACGCGGCAGGGGAGGCAGCAGCAGGGGAAGCAGCUCGGGAGGACGGCGGGAGGCGCCAGAAGCGGCGCGCUUCUGCUGCUGCGGCUGCUCCCGGUGCUGCUGCUGCUGCUGCUGCUGCUGCUGCUGCUGCUGCGGGGCCGCUGCAGCGGCUGUCUCCCGUGUCUCUCUUUGCAUGCGCUUCUCCAGUGACUGACGUCGUUUUUGGUGAUUCGUUUUGCUGCUCCGCUUCUGAAGACGGCCUGCUGCAGCUGUGGGACCCGCAGCGGGCGCAGCCAGCAGCAGCAGCAGCAGCAGCAGCAGCAGCAGCAGCAGCAGGGAAGUGGCGCUGCAGGUCAACCCCGCUGGCCCUCGCGCUAAGUGCUGCUGACCAAAAGCUGCUUGCUGCUGCUCAUGCUGACGGGCGAGUGCGGCUGUACGAUGUCCGUACACCUGAAGGGCUGGCGCUGGAGACAGCAGCAGCAGCAGCAGCAGCAGCAGCAGCAGGUGUGGGGUCUGGAGACGAUCCCAGUGAUCCCGCGGCCUUCAGCCAGCGGCUGGCCUUCAAGACGCGGCACGCGCGGCUUCCCGCUGCAGUGGCCUGGACCCCCAGCAGCAGCAGCAGCAGCAGCAGCAGCAGCAGCAGCAGCAGCAGCAGCAGCGGGCAGCCGCUGCUCGCGUCCGCAGGACAGGACGGCUGCGUGCUGCUGCACGACCUGCGGUCUGCUGCUGCUGCUGCUGCUGCUUUCAAGGCGCAGCAAGGGGGCCUCCCCGUCCGCCUGCUUUGCUGCUCCUGGUGUACAGACACCGCAGUUGCUGCUGCUGGCAGCGACGGCAGAAUUCGAAUCCACCAUUUGCUGGGGGGCCCCCCCGCUGCAGCAGCUCUCCACUGA